AGCCGCUCUAUCUCCCAAGAUCUAUCAAUAGUGAGGGUGGCUCGCCAUGGGCGAUUUCAACGCUUCAGACGGGCCGAACAAGGCCAGCCGCUCAUCCGUGGAUGAGCUGCUGAUGACCGCGGCCAAGGAGAGUGCGAAUGCGCCCAACCGGGCCUUGAAGCGGCGCGUACGACAGCGCCUGCACAAGAAGCUCGGGGCCAUCCUAACCUUGGAGGAGUUUGAGCGGGCGAAGGAGCGCUUCCGCGCCAUGGAGGAGGAGCAACCUGGCCGCGCGACAUGGCAGACCCCGGACGCCAAAGCCAAGCCUCGAAUGGGCUCCGGCUAUGCCAGCCAGCCAUCGCAGCUGCCGCAGCCCAUGUCCAUAGGAUUGUCUCCAGAAUGGGUCGGGCUUCAGGCAGCCCCUGGGACCAUCCCGGUGAGCGCCUUGCCUGCCUUUCUUCCAGUCAGAGAGGUGGUGCUGCCGGGACAAAGUUGGUGCCACGAGGAGGGCGGCCUGGAGCCAAACAUGCAAAUCCUAGAGAAGACUUUGGAGAUCCUCUGGCGCGGCGAGCAGGAUGACGAACAUCCGAUGAUACACGAUCAAGGGCUUCUGAGGCAGCUCUCCGAACAAUGAGCUGUCCUGCGUGCGCCAUAAGUCUUGUGCAACUUGUGGGGGUGUU